AUUCUGAAUAUUAUAUUGAAUGCUUAACUUAUUUUUUGGUUAAUUUUCGAACUAUAUUUACACCAAAACUUUUAAAAAUAUUACCAAAGAUCAGAUAUCGUGUGGAUAAAUUUAUAAAAGUCAAAAAUUUUUUACAUGAAAAAUUAUCAGAAAGUGUUAGAGAUAGAAGAAAAGAAAUUGAAAAAAUUAGUAAUAGUAAAAGCUUUGAUUCGAAACUAUUAAAUGACGAUCUAUUGACAUCUUUUCUUAUUGCCAAUACUCCAUACGAAUCUCGUCCUCAAAAAAGAGUUGAUUCUUCUUUAGUAAGACCAAUGAAUGAUGAAGAAAUAAGUUCUAUAUUAUUUGACACACUUACUGGAAGCUCGGAUUCU